UGUCCUUAAACAAUAUGGCAGCGUUUAAUGUAAAUAUCGGAAAUAAAAUGGUGAUGCAGAGUGCCCUUCAAAAUAGUACCCCAGGAAGAAGGAACAGCCACUUCCACGAAUAUGCUGAUGAAACAUGUGGCUGUCUUGGGAAAUCUAAGAGCUCUAAGAAAAAAUCAUCAGAAAGGCAGCGAAUCAAGCAAUUUAGCAUUUGGUUCGAAGAGAAAGAUGCUGCAAGACAGAAGACUUAUGCGCAACGAAGAUUUGACAGAGAAGCUAAAAGAGAGAAAAGGAAAGAAAGAGUCCGAUGUUUACGAAAAUUACUAAUUCCUACAGCUUUUUGUUGGUUGGUUGGUUUUGUUUUAAUCAUGGGGAGCACCGUUCAAAGUCUCGGUGAAGGAACGAUAUUUUGGAAUUUGCGAGAUAAAUUACACAUUAUCGGCCCCGUUGUUUUGGGUACAGGCUUGGUCCUUUUAUUGAUUACAGAAGGCUGCAUUAGUAAUCACCAGAUGAAAAUAAGAAAGCUUGAAUCGAUUAUUCUGACACCGGAAGUGAAUAUUGUGGUUAACGGCAAUGAAAAUACACCCGUGAACAAUGUUAAAAAUCAUGGGCAAAAAACUUUAAAAAGUAUUUCUGGUAAACUGCCUAAACUUCAGAAAGUGAAAAGGGCAGAUAAAUCCACAGAAACGACACCAUUCUUAUUUGAAGACGAAGAACAAUCGGUGAUACCUAAAACAUACGCAUUCUCACAAAACAUAGAAUUAACUAGGCCAACGGUGCACAUACCAGUAUUGAAACAUCAUAGUGAAAUAAACAAUGAAGAUUAUAAGUUGCCAUUAGCAACAAGAGCACACCUAAUAGAGAGUGAGACAACUGGCUUAGACACUGUUCACGAAGAACAUACCGUUACUGAAUAUGAACAAUUACUUAACGCAACAAAAGAAGGCAACGAACGUUAUUUAAUUGGUGCAACUACAUAGAUACUGAAGACAAUAUCAUUACUAAAUAUGAUUUAAUGCGACAUAAGAGGACAAAGCACAUGUAAUGGAACUAGAUAUUGACAAUGGAUAUCAAUAAAAUAUAGUAAUUCUGAUAAUUUUUUGACAAUAAUUAUGCUAAGUAAGAAUAAGAACGUUCUUCAUUGUAUUUAUAUAUAUAU